AUGUCUGGGAGAGAGCUGCUGCUGCUGGUGGCAGCAAUGGCAACUCUGGUCGCUGUCGGAGGGGCAGAGCUGAAUGAAGGGGCUGGCCUGAGAAGGCCAGUGUGUGAAGACCUGGGUCACUUGCAGGCCUGCCCCCUCCUGUACUUGCCCAUCUGUGGGACCGAUGGCAAUACCUAUGCCAAUGAAUGCCAGCUUUGCGUGGAAAAAAUGAAAACCAGGCAAGACAUCCAGAUUUUGAAAGAUGGGCAGUGUCAAGAUGCCUGA